AUGGCGCGCUGUCUUUUCAACCUCGUCGCGGGGGCUGCCGUCGCCUAUGCUGCCUGUGAUGGUGACAAUUGCGAAGCGGACCUCUCGGAACUGAUGCAGGUGGACCUCAAGAACUCCCGGGAGAAGCGGAAGCAUGCGGAGGCCAUGGCCAUGACCAACUUGACGAUCGAGAAGGCCUUCGAACACAUCAAGGGCGCCGGCACUCACUUCGACCCCACUGCCAGCUCCGUCAUCGACACGGCCUUUGAUCACGUGACGGCGGACGGUGGGUACCUCAAGGACAACAUCAAGGCCGACGCCACUUGGAAGGAGUGCACCAAGCUGGACUGGACCAAAAUCGCCAGCUUCGAGGAUGAGCAGGGCAAGCUCAGCGGCGAGCACGUGGAAAAGAUGAUGAAGGAGCUCCAUCUGGAGCAGUGCAUGGGCGAAGACGGCGAGUGGGGCAAGGAUCCCACCUGCGAAGCGGUCCGCGCAGCGCUGAAGGUAUCCACCGACUUGUCCCACGAAGCGUUCGAGCCACGGUACCACAACUUCUCGGUGGUCGCUUGGGGCGAGAACCCUUCCUGGGUGCAAGGCACCGUAGUGGACCUGGACUACUCCAAGCCGAUGCCGGUAAAGGCAAAGGUGAAGGACCCCAAGGGCGUCAUCGGCUACGCCAUUUGUGACGCGCUGCGGGUCAUCUUGACGCAGAGUGCCGACCAGAUGUCUACGGGCACCUGCUCCUACGUGGCCAGCCUGGCCGCCCUGAGCCACAAGGCUCCUGCAAAGCUCAUCAAGUUGGGUGUGCGCCUGUUCUGGACAGGCAUGAUCACCCCGGAAGUGGGCCCGGCCUGUGAUGGGAUCUACGAGCAGCAGCCAGGACUCAUUCCUUUCCAGAGCGGGGGCGGCUGGAUCCCGGCGCUCUACUCCAACGGGCGCAAGGGCGGCUGCGCGGGCAGCGAGAUGGACUGCGAGGCCUCGGAGGGCCGGCCCCAGCAGAACGCCGGGCUCACGCGCCUCGCUUUCGCUUUGUCGCUUCGGCGCUGA